AUGUACCCUACCUACCGCAGCAAGUUCGGCCCCAAGUAUGUUCUCGACCCUUUCCACGAUCCUCCUACGUACAAUUCGGCCACCGAACGAGACGCCGAGACUUCAAUACGGCGAAAAGAUGCUCGAACUGCAAGCGAGUCUUCAAGUUGUGAGUAUCCCUCCGGAGUCGAGCCGGCGACUGCGGAUCCAGAGUUCCAUGCAGUACCGUCAUUCGGCUUCACGCUGUUGCGUGGCGGCAUGCGGUUCGGUAUAGAAGCUUCGGAAUGGAGGAAACCCGGACUGCCGAACGAUCGAGUCGCGGACAAUUGCGACUACCAGGAUUGCAUGCUGACGUUUGACGACAGCGGAACCCGUGCUGCUGGUUUCGGCGCCGCUGCCGGCAUUGCCGCCCUCUUCUACACCUCUGGCAUUCCCAGAAUCCAGCGUGACAUCCUCAUGAAGAUUCCCGUCAUCGGCCAGACCUACGUUAAGGACAUCCCCCCCUCUGACAACACACUGGGCAAGCAGCAUGGCAGGAUGGUGUUGUGA